AUGAGCUCUGAAAUAAAUUCAAUACCCUACUCCAAAAGUGGAGACAAAGACCAAGAUGAGAAACUAUUACAACCAUUCACUUACAUCCUCCAAGUUCCUGGGAAACAAAUCCGAGCAAAAUUAGCACAUGCCAUGAAUUGCUGGUUAAAAAUUCCAGCGGAAAAAUUGCAAGCCGUGGGAGAUAUUGUGCAAAUUCUCCACAACUCAAGUCUUCUCUUAGAUGACAUACAAGACAACUCGAUUUUACGCCGCGGAAUCCCGGUAGCCCAUUCAAUUUUCGGUGUCCCAAGUACAAUUAACGCCGCUAAUUAUGCAAUCUUCAUAGCCCUUGAGCGCGUGCUUGCUCUGGACCAUCCGGAGGCAACAAAAGUUUACACGGAACAACUAUUAGAGCUUCAUCGGGGACAAGGAAUUGAAAUUUACUGGCGGGAUAAUUAUAUUUGUCCAACAGAGGCUGAGUAUCGCCACAUGACUAUGAGAAAAACUGGAGGAUUAUUUAACCUAGCUAUACGCCUAAUGCAAUUAUUUUCGGAAUGCAAGGAAGAUUUUUCAAUGCUGACAGGAAUCCUAGGUCUCUAUUUUCAAAUAAGAGAUGAUUACUGCAAUCUAUCGAUGCGAGAAUACUCGGAUAACAAAAGUUUUUGUGAAGAUUUGUCAGAAGGCAAAUUUAGUUUUCCAAUUAUCCAUGCUAUCCAAACAUAUCCAGAAGACCGACAAGUACUAAAUAUACUAAGAAAAAGAACAACGGACAUUGAAGUAAAGAAGUACUGUGUGACUUUGCUGGAAAAGUUCGGCUCGUUCGCCUACACGAGAACAGUUCUCGAGGACCUGGACAAAAAAGCGAGGGACGAGGUUGAGAGAUUGGGUGGUAAUCCGUUGUUCAUAGAGUUUCUAAAUAAAUUGAGCUGCUGGCCCAAAAAUCCGAUGUCUCUUGAUGUCGAAAUGAAUGAUCUCAGUGCUUCCGAUUAA